UGCCAAGAGGGACGCGCGACCCCCGCAGUGACCGCCGCGGGUCACACCAGUGCAGGCCGCUCCGCGGGUCGGAGGCCGGACGUGGGCGUUAUUCACUUGCUCCUCGGGCUGCUGCUACUGCUGCUGCUGCUGCUGCUGCUGCUGCUGCUUGCUUCGCUGUGCUUCUGCUGUGGUGCUCGUGUGCCGCGCCCGUGGUGCUGCUGGUGCCGCUGAGGCACUGCCGCUGUGACAAGUGCCCGCGGGCCGCCCGCCGCCUGCUGUCCGCCGCGUAUUAAGUAACAGCUCUCAAGCCGCGCCGCCAUGGAGGACGAGGGUGACUACGAGGUGGACUAUGAGGUGGACGACACUGAGGAAUUCCCGGCCACGGUGGAGAUGCGCCACUAUGAGCCGGAGCCGGAACCAGAGCCGGAACCAGAACCGGAACCAGAGCCGGAAUUACAGGUGGUGCAACAACCGGCCCGUGACCCGGAGCAGGAGGAGGAAAUUUCUGACCAGCUGGAGGAGCUGGAGGUGACGGAGCACAAGAAGAAGCGGCACGGUUCCUUCUGGAAGAAGCCGCCCACCUUCGUGUACGCCAGCAACUUUGGGUUCGGUGUGAACAGCUACCAGUCCAUGAUCGACUACCUGGACGCCAAGGACGCCGGCCACCGCGUCAACAAGGACGACAUCCACCUGCCGCUGCUGGAGGAGCGCUGCCUUAAGGAGUACGACGCCGACCGUCCCUUCCGCUGGUACGACAACCACGACAUCGACCAGUACAUCAUGAAGGGCGAGAAGAUCCGCACCCAGAUCCGCCAGAACGACGCGGUGGGCGUGGGCAGCGUGCUGCGCCGCACGCACACCAACUGGUCCAUGACGCGCAAGUGGAUGCAGCUGCUCAAGAACUCCAACGUGUCUGACUACCGCGACGCGCACAAAAAGACGGUAGAGGCUGACGUCCCCCGCAGUUACCGCUCGCCAAGCCCUGGCGGAGGCCUGUUUUACCCACACGGCCAGACCUUGGACUACCCCAGCUCCGCCCUCGCGCCAACAGGGCGCUUCUUGGAAGAUCUCGCUACCGGGUUUGCCAGUGCGCUUCUGUCGCUGGUCCAGAGCAGGAUGGAGCACGAGCACGUGGCGGCCGCGCGCCGCUCCAAGCUUGCCGAGAUGGACGACAGGUUCGACAACACGCUCAACGAAAUCCACUCACUCAUGGGACGCAUCGGGUCGCGCCCCGAGCCACCGCCGCCUCAGCGCCACCUGGACCUGAACGACCUCGACAUGGGGGCGAAGAACAAGAUCCGUCGCGCCGAGGAGCUGCGUGACAUGAUGGACUAUGUCAACGAGCUGACGGCACACAACAGCGCGCGCAACACCGUGCGCGACACGCUGCGCGGCGGAGCCAUGGACAGAGAGAUGCUGGCGCUCAACCACCGCAUCGAGGACAUGAACAACUUGCAGAAGGCAGAGCGCAUGAGGGACGUGUCGAGCGAACACGAGAUCGACAUGCUGCGUGCCCAAAUCGCCGCCCGCAGGAACAUGACAACUCCCAGCUCGGCACUCUUGGCAGGCGGCGCCUACGGCUUGCCAAGUCGUGCCCCGCCCACCCAGCCACCGGUGCUGCUGUCAGCCAUCGACUACCUUGACUGCAAGCCGCGCGAGUCCCUGGUGAAGGACAAUGUGAUCUCCGACGUGAGUGCCCGCGUGCUGAAGCGCGCCGGAGAGUUUGCCGAUCCCACCAGCGAGCAGCGCCGCAUCAGGGAUCGCGCCCGCUUCGUCAACCUGACGAGGCGCUACCCAGACACCGGUGACACGGAGCUCAUGGGGCCGCGCUCCCGCACCGAGCAGAACAUCGACCACAUGGCCAAGUCCCUUGCCGCGAAGGGCUCCUUCCAGCGGCGCUACGAGGUGGAUGACGAGCUGGAGCUGCCCUACAUGGGCCCCUUUAACACCACGUCCAUUGAGCGCGCCGACACGUCCCCGAAGAGCUUCCUGCAGCGCCAGCCAUCCCCCAGCAGGAUGGUGCGCGGCGCCGCCUCCCGCGCCCUGGCCCGCAACAGUCUCCUAGGAUACUGAGCCAAUAACUGACAGCAUCCCUCCGCGGCGGACACCACGCAUGACGCCCCUCGCCACGACACCGCCCCGCCAUGACACUGACACUGCCUCACCCCGACGACACACACGCACACACACACAUAUGCGCGCACACACACACACACACACACACACACACACACAGGAAGUUCCUGUUUUUAGCACCACGCCACCACACGCGCCCUUCCCACGCCCUCCCUCAGCUCGGGGAAGACAAGAUCCACGCUCACGGCAAAAAUGGAGAGGAAACUGAGGAGAACGACCAGGAGGGCAGGAGGCGACCGAGGAUCGAACGUGCGUCAGUCACCGAAACGACUCGUGUUGGGCGACGAACGUUGCCACACGACACGACCCUUGAACGUUUUAUUCUUAGAGCUUCUACUGAACGACGAUACUUGAUGACGUCAUAGCAAUGCCUCGAUUAUCAUUACUAUUUUUGUGAACAUGUACCACUAUUACUAUUAUUAUUAUUAUUAUCCCAAUUAUAACUAUCACUUUAUCUCCAUUGUUCCGGCUGUUGUUUCUUUCAGUUUCGCCUCGUAUAUUCCUGACUCUCCCAAACACCCCAAAAAUAAUGCUGUCCCGUCUCGUGCGUGUUUGUGUCUUGUCAUCAUAAUUAUUUUUUCUCUUGUUGUUUUCAUUCCUGAGCAAUACGUGAAGGAAACUCAAUAAACGUGAACGAAUAAGGAA